AGUGAGAGCAGGAGGACCAGGAGCAGCAGCAGCUCUACACCGUCACUGAGGAGACUGAUGAACAUGAUGCAGCACUGAGGACAGCGCUCUCACCCCCCCUGCACAUCUAGUCAACAUUAGUUUUAUUUUUCAGAUUUUUCCUGUGUGAUGGCCAUCAUGUCACCUGUUGAUAUGGGAGUUUGGAUUCUUAUCCUGGUGACAGCAUCUUUGGCAAACGGUUCCCCAUGGAGUGCAGCUCGGAGCCAGAGGAAGGAGGUGGAGGGGAAGCCCCAUGAAGUGGAGCCCUGCUCUACCUGUGGACUCCAGGGGCCCACCGGACGUUUCAAGAGAUGCACAUGUUACACUUACAAAGACAAGGAGUGUGUGUAUUACUGCCACCUGGACAUCAUCUGGAUCAACUCACCAGAGCACACUGUCCCAUACGGCAUGUCCAGUUACCAGGCGCCCCAACGUGAGCGCCGCUCUGCUGGGACUGAGCGGGGGGACAGGGCGGCCCAUCGCUGUGUCUGCACACGGCACACUGACUCUGACUGCAGCAGCUUUUGCAUGAGCAGCAGGCGGAGGAGGCCCCCCAGAGUGGUGUCUGGAGUUGACCGGAGGACAGCAGCGCUUCACAGGAGGCCUGCGAUCAGAUGAACGUCUCAGUGACAUCAUCACGACCUGUCCUGCAAGGGUGGUGGAGGAGAUGCACAAACUGCACAUUUCUCCUGAGGGUUCUUCUAACAUCUUGUCACAAAGCAGGGUGGUCCAACAUGAGAGACUUUGGUGAAGCUCACAUGUCCAGGAUUUGUGAUGUGGAGGCCACAUCAUUUUCAGAUAUCAGCAGGGGAUGUGGUCUUACAGCCCCCCCCCCCACCCCCCACAGGAACUUCAUUUGUCAUAGCCAGUAACUCCGCUUUAUGUUUAAAAAUUCAGAAAUGGUCACAGUCACGGAAACAACCCGUAUAUUUGACAUUAGGAUGCACCUAAAGAGGGGAGUUAUUUCAGCAGUAAUUGUUGAAAGCAUUUGCGUGAACUACUUUGCACUUGGAACCUGUGUUUAGCUGUAUCCAAGGAUUGUGAAUUAAAAAUGAAAGAAAUAAAGGCAAUACAUACAGUAAUUAUAUAAUGCAGUUUGAAUGUGUAUAAAAGACGUUGUAUAUAGAAGUAUACUGUAGAUGUGAUCACAAGAAUGAUGUGAAGAAUGAGAGCUAGAACUUUGUGGCAGUAGAUCGAGAUCAUUAUGUAUGUGUAGUGUUCAUAAAUUGUAUCUGCUUAUGGAUAUAUGUAUCAAAUACCCGAGGAUCAACUGUUUAUUGAAGCUACACUGUAUCACGCUAUUUUUAAGUUGAUGCCUCAGUCAGAGAUCAGACAUGAGGACCAACACUGUUUUGAUUUUGCAUUUUGACAAAAGUACAACUUUCAGUAAAUGUAGUUUUAUAAAGUAGUUUGAUUUAUUUUCAAAUGUUCAACUUUAAUCUUGAAAUGUCAAGUUUAUUCUGAUAAAGCAAGAAUACAAAAAAGUCA